GUACCUUUAACUUUUAAGCACCAUUUACGAAAAAGUUUUAUUGUUUGUUACGUCUUUUGUAUUCAAAACACGCUGAUAUAAGGCACUUAAUAUAAAAAGAAUACUCUCGGUCGGAUCUGCAUCAGUUAAGAUGAAGUUUUAUCUGGUGUGUUUGUCGGUUCUCCUUGUUGGAGCCUAUGCUGCUCCUAACGAUCCUCCCAGCGUUCGAGUCGUAGGAGGCGACGAUGCCGAGCCGGGCCAGUUCGCUUACCAGGCCUCAGUCCAAUACUGCCUUCAGGGUACCUGUUCGCACGCCUGCGGUGGAGCCAUCAUCAGUUCAAUGUGGGUCCUGUCAGCUGCUCACUGUAUCACCCAAGCCCCAGCCCUUGGCAGCUACCAGAUUUUAGUCGGCGUCCUCAACUUCAACGAAGAUAACCCGGAAAGACAGUUGCACCGCGUCAACUACGCGAUCAUCCACCCGGAGUACGCAGGUGCUACCGCUGACCCACACGAUCUCGCGAUCUUCAGGCUAGCCAAUCCACUCACAUUCAACUCCAUGGUACAACCGAUCGGUCUUCCCGACCAAGACGACUUCUUCGCGGGCGUCGCAGUCCUGUCAGGAUGGGGAUCCAUCAGUAACACCAACGUACCCAUCAUGCCCACUACCCUCCAAUUCGUUGAGGUACCCAUCAUCGAUACCGAAACAUGCAAAAGAGCUUUCGAUGUCAUACUAGGAGGCGCACCGAAUCCCCUGGACUUGGAAGCCAACAUUUGUACGGGACCGUUGACUGGAGGAGUCUCCAUUUGCCAAGGAGAUUCUGGUGGUCCAUUGGCUGAUUUUCAAGGACAAAUACUGAUCGGUAUCGCGACUUGGACAGGUAAUCCAUGCGGCAGAGCGGGAUCACCAUCAGUCUACAACAACGUCAGCUACUACACCCGAUGGAUCAGAGGUUCUAUCACUGGAUAAGUGUGUUGAAUUCAUUUAUUAUUUAUUUAAUUUGCGAAAUAAAGUACUAGUUCGCUA